UUCGUCACUAAAGAUUGCAUAAAAAGUAACAUGCUCUCAUUCCCCGGUCCUCCAAGAGCGCUAUUCUGCGACGCGAUCGCUGUUUUUUUUUUAUCGAAAGUGUAUACAAAUGCCAUCAUCCCUGCCUUUUCCCAUGGCAGAAUACGCCCCAAUCCUGUUUUUGAUUUUCAUCAGAUGGUCCACUCGACGUUAGGUUUGGCUUCCCGCGUCAAAUCGACAAGUUAGCAGUCCGGUGAGAUCUGAUCUACGCAAGCUCUAACAUAUAGGGCCUGGAUCCUUUACCGCGACCCUAUGCAGCAGUUAUAUACGAAGGCAAUUGCGGCCUGUGAAGGAAAACAUGACGCCCACCAUCAACCCUUUCCGGAAUCAGAUUCGUCACAAUGGUCAUCAGGUUAUCCAAGCCAACUACCUUCUCUCACACAGGGUCCCUAUACCCUUCCUUCCCUCACGCAUAGCGCACCGAUACUUUCACACCCAAGGUACAUACUGCCCCCUCCUGACCAACUCCUUCCAUCUCCCGAUCAGCUUCUUGCCUCUUCCGAGGUCCAUAUGCCCACAUCGCAGCUGAACCAGCGUAAGAUACGCGGUAAACUACCCAAAGCUACAACCGACUAUCUCAAAGCAUGGUUGCACGCUCACUGUGACCAUCCAUAUCCUAACGAGGCCGAGAAGAAGCAGCUUUGUCUCGCAACGGGGCUCUCCAUGAGCCAGGUAUCCAAUUGGAUGAUUAACGUAUGUGUUUAGUUCCAUUUCAGACUGCGGCGUUUAUGAUUAACACCUUUCCAGGCUCGUCGACGUAUCUUGGCACC